AUGGCCCUCCCCUGGGAAACCGAUGGCGGUGUCAACGGCCGGCCUAAUAGCAUAGAGGUCCUCCUCGAAUGGCUCUCUGCACCAGGUAACUAUGACCGGUGGAUCCAAGCCGACCUGAAGGCACCUCUGACCCAAGAAAUUCACCGCGAGAUGAUCCGCAAAGGCAUCCACCAUCAGACUCCACAUGGUAUCUCCCUCAAGAUAUACAUGCUUCACGAAGGGUAUCAUCAUGCAUGCCACUACCGACGGCAAACACCCGAGGAUCUCCGCAGGCAAUUCCCAAACGGCUACCUCUCAUUCGCUGGCUAUGCAGACAUGAUAUGCCGUGAUUGGGCCCGACUCGAAAACAUCUUCGUUCCACCAGAUGACCUUGCGCCUGAUGCCACCGACCCAGACCCCUUGGCCAGGGAAAGGAUCAUGUUCAACACCGAGGCGGCCUCCCAGAUCGUUGGGUUUGUCGAUCACAUCCAAGCUCAGUACCAUGAGACAAUGGAGCAGAUCGAUGGAUAUGUACCAUGGUCUACUUACUUCCUGAACAACCAAGAAGAUCGAGCAAAUUACCCGCUAUUACACGGCUUAGAUCCCGAGCUCAUCCUGCGCCGAUAUGCCAACCUGACCAUGGGUUAG